AAAGUGGGGGUUUCCUCAAUCUCGCUGCCAUGGAGGUGAAGUGGACCCACGUCCUGCUCGUGUUCCUGUUCCUGCUGUCCCUGGCCAUGACCGGCUGCUUCCUGUGGCAGUACAGCCUCCCCAAGGCGGAGCCCAGCCCAUCUGUGAUGGAGGUGAGGUCAGAGGCUGUCCAGAUGUGUCCCCGCUAUCCUGAGCCAGUCCCACUGGACCACCCCAUCCCCAUUCUGAAGGAAGCACUGGAGAAGGUGGAUCUGAUGCUGCGGCAGAAGAUGCACAACUCGGGCGUCCCAGCCAUGUCAGCCAUCGUCAUCUACAAUGACACCGUGCUCUGGACGGGCAACUUUGGCAAGAAGAACGGCUCAGAUCCCACCUCGGCAAUGCCCAAUGAAUACACCAUCUACAGGAUUGCCAGUGUCUCCAAGAUCUUYCCCACCAUUAUGUUGUACAAGAUGUGGGAGGAAGGAAAAGUCACAUCYCUGGAUGACCCACUGGAACGCUAUGCCCAGAACUUUUUCAUUAAGAAUCCUCUGGGGAGGUUCAAGGACUCAGAGCAGAGAUACACAGCGGACGGGCUGGUGUUUUUGGAAAAGGGCUCGAUGCCACUGAAGCCAUCCCCAGUCACCCUGCGCAGAAUGGCCAGUCAGCUCUCAGGUGAGACCCCUGCAUGUCCUCAGGCCUCUGUGUCCUGGGAGAGACACCACAGAGAGAACAGACUGUAUUCCAGGAGUAAAAAAGGCUGCUGGGAGGCUGUGUCUCAGUGCCACUACAGCAACCUCGCCUUCUCCCUGAUGGCCCACGUGCUGGCUGACCACGCAGCCGACGGGCAGUACCAGCGCUGGAUCUCGGAGAACAUCCUGGACCGCCUGGGCAUGGAGGACACCGGCUUCGACAUCACGGCACCCAUUCGCUCCCAGAUGGCCGUGGGCUUCUACGGCAGCCAGCAGCCGGCCCCACUCUACGACCUGGGCUGGUACCGGCCCUCYGGCCAGAUGUACUCCACGGCUGCUGACCUGGCCAAGCUGGCCAUGGUGUUCCUGGGCACCUACCACCGCCGGCUGCUGGAGCCCGACACGGUGAAGACGAUGCUGACACCGCUGCUCAAGUGCUCGGUGGAAUAUUUCGCCAACAAGACGGGCACGCCCUGGGAGAUUAACGAGCAGCUGGGAUACGAUGUCAUCAGGAAGGAUGGGGACCUUGAUGGUUACUCAGCAACCUUCUCUCUCAUCCCCAAGCUCCGCCUGAGCUUCAUUGUGCUGAUGGCAGGGCCCAGACCUCAGGGUGGGGACAUUGUGACUCAGACGUACGAGUAUCUCAUCCCUGCCAUGGAGAAGGCAUUCAGAGAGGCUGACAAAAGCUUGGUUCCUCCUCCAAACCCAAUCCCUUAUGUUGGCUACUACACCUACUCUAACCUGACUUUCUAUGAGAUCAAGGUCGGAAUUGGUGGGGUGCUGGUCAUGCAGCAAUUUGGGCCCCACGUGGAAGAGCUGAUCCCUGAAAAGUACCGGACAAUCAAGCUCCACCACCUGGAAGAUCGCGUUUUCCAAGUCGUCUUCGACAAGGAGUUCCCGUGUGUUCUUCACCUGGGCUCUGCCUCCAUCUCACUGGAGACCCAGAACGGGCAGCUCUUUAAUUUCUACCCCUUCGACCGCAAGGGUUUGUCCCCGGGCUUCGACGCACCGGGGCUGAACACCUACAACGUGGUGCGUGUCCUGCGCAAGCCUGUGUUCUACAGUUAAACAUCCCCUGCCCGUCCCGCCUCUCCYGGGAGCUGGCUCCAAAUCUGUGUCUUACCAGACUCUCCUGCCCACGUGGCUUCAUGGAUGCCAUUCAAAAGGGAAGGAUGGAGGCAAAUGACUCUUUUGCCAAACAAAUCCUUCCCGCUUCUUUCUGAGAUAACUUUCAUGACUUGUCGUUGGCUCCCAGCAGUGCACAGCAGGCCAGCUGGCACCUGGAGAUGCAUGCAGGAAAAAGAGGUGGGAAUGGGCUGGAUCGAUGUGUUUGGAUGCCAUAAAAAAA